UUACCGGGCGAAGCCGCUGCGACUCCCGCAGCUCCCGGGGGACGCUCAGCCCUGGCCUGAGUCCCGACUUACUGCCUUGAUCCAGAUCUCCUGGCUAUCCCGGGGACGUCAGCGGAUCUUCUCCCGGAUCCUUUUCCUCCAUAACCUGCUGGGGUUAUUUUUUUUCCUCCCCGGCUUCCAGUUCCCAGCCCCGCGUUUCCUUUCCCUACUCCCGGGCCCCCAGCAGCCUGCCAUUCUCAGCAUCCCACCUGCCAUCCUCCUGGCUUCUGCUCCUUCUUGAUCUCAAUUCCUUUGACCAACAGAGCCUUAUCAUUACCUUCUCGCCAAACUCUCCUAAACUCCUCUUUCUUCUCUCUUUGCCAGCUCCUGACUUCCAAAUUCCAGCUAACUUUUGACCUGACAUUUGACCCUGACACUUGACUCCAGAACGCUACAUUCCUACCUCCUGCAGCCUGUUGAAACUGAGGUCUUUCCUGAUUUCUGACCCCGUUUCUGAAGCUCGUUUUGACUUUCUUACUCCUGGGCCAGUUCUUGCUACCACUACCCCACCAUGGACUUCUUGAUGAGUGGCCUGGCAGCCUGUGGGGCCUGUUUGUUCACCAACCCCCUAGAGGUGGUGAAGACGAGGAUGCAGUUACAGGGAGAACUGCAAGCCCCCGGCACCUACCAGCGGCACUACCGAAACGUCUUCCAUGCCUUCAUCACCAUCGGCAAGGUGGACGGCCUGGCUGCCCUGCAGAAGGGCCUGGCCCCUGCCCUCCUAUACCAGUUCCUGAUGAAUGGCAUCCGGCUGGGCACCUAUGGGCUGGCUGAGGCUAAGGGCUACCUGCACACAGCUGAAGGCACCCACAGUCCUAUCCGAAGCGCAGCAGCUGGGGCGUUGGCUGGGGUCCUGGGAGCCUACUUGGGGAGCCCUAUCUACAUGGUGAAGACACACCUACAAGCACAGGCAGCCUCAGAAAUUGCUGUAGGGCACCAGUAUAAGCAUCAGGGCAUGUUUCAGGCGCUAGCCAGGAUUGGCCAGAAACAUGGUCUGGUGGGGUUGUGGCGUGGGGCCGUGGGCGGCCUACCCCGAGUUAUCGUCGGUUCUUCCACCCAGCUGUGCACCUUCUCAUCCACCAAGGACCUUAUGACCCAGUGGGAGAUAUUUCCUCCCCAGAGCUGGAAGGUGGCUCUAGCAGCUGCCAUGGUGAGUGGCGUUGCGGUGGUCCUGGCCAUGACACCCUUUGAUGUGGUUAGCACAAGGCUCUACAACCAGCCCACAGACACUCAGGGCAAGGGCCUCAUGUACCGAGGGGUGCUGGACGCUCUGCUGCAGACGGCUCGGACAGAGGGCAUUUUUGGCAUGUACAAGGGUAUAGGAGCCUCCUACUUCCGCCUCGGCCCUCACACCAUCCUCUCCCUCUUCUUCUGGGACCAGCUUCGCUCCCUCUACUACACGUACACCAAAUAACAGCCACUCUCCCACACUCCACCAAGUUGGUACUCCUUGGACACUUCUGCCUCCAUUACUAUGUCCUGGUGACUUCUUACCAGGUGACCUCUCACCCAUAAGAGGGGGACAGCCAAUCCCACUCCCUAUCUGUUUUCUCAGGGUUGAAUCACUAUAAGAGAUAGUUUCCCUCCCCUCCCUGGGUGUCACUUUAAACUCUCUCUACCCGUUCCCCAGUACAUUUCACUCAUUUCACUCCAAAGUAUAUGCCCCCCCUUUCUUCACUGCCAGUCUUGGGUCCCUUCUGAUCACAUGUACAACUUUAAAAUCCCCCUCCAAGACCAAAGGGAAUUGGGGGGACCCAGCUGUCCUGUUAGAUUCAAAGGCACAGAGAUUAUAUUGGUUAUAAAGCAAGUUUAUUU